GGAAGGCGGCCGGAGAUGGAGCCAGAGCUCGGAGCUGGUGCUCCGUGAUGGGGAGAAGCCCCACAGCUGCAUGGAGUGUGGGAAGAGCUUCAGGUGGAACAGCGAACUGAUCAGGCACCAGAGGAUUCACACUGGGGAGAAGCCCUACGAGUGUGGGGAGUGUGGGAAGAGCUUCAGGCGCCACUCCAAUCUCAUCACGCACCAGAGGACACACACUGGGGAGAAGCCCUACGAGUGUGGGGAGUGUGGGAAGAGCUUCACAGUGGGCUCCAACCUGAUUGUGCACCAGAGGAUGCACACUGGGGAGAGGCCCUACGAGUGUUCCAAGUGUGGGAAGGCUUUUCAGACCAGCUCUGAUCUCCUCAAGCACUAUCAGAGUCACAGAGAGGAGAGGCCUUUCCAAUGCCCUGAGUGUGGGAAGGGAUUCAAGCGCAACUCCCACCUCAUCACCCACCAGCACAUCCACACUAGAGAGACGCCCUACGAGUGUGAUAAAUGCAGGAAGAGGUGUCGGACCAGCGGCCAUCUCCUCCAGCACUAUCGCAUUCACUCAGAGGAGAGGCCCUUCCAAUGCCCUGAGUGUGGGAAGGGAUUCAAGUACGACUCCACCCUCAUCAGCCACCGGCGCAUCCACACAGGGGACAGGCCCUACGAGUGUGAUAAAUGCAGGAAGAGGUUUCGGACCAGCUCUCAUCUCCUCCAGCACUAUCGGAUUCAUUCAGAGGAGAGGCCCUUCCGCUGCCCCGACUGCGGGAAGGGAUUCAAGCACAACUCCCACCUCGUCAGGCACCGGCGCAUCCACACAGGGGAGAGGCCCUACGAGUGUCCCCAGUGUGGGAAGAGCUUCUACUGCAGCUCUAACUUGACCCAACACCAACGUAGGCACCGGUGAGGGAAGCCCUGCGAGUGCCCUGAGUGCGGGCAGAGCUUCGUGCGCUGCUCCAGCUCCAUCCCCCGCUGGAGGAGGCACUGUGGGCACAG